UGAGCUAAUAUUUAAAGUUUUGCUAAGUUUUUGUAAUUUGUAAAGUUUUGGUAAUAUGCGAAGUAAUAUUCAAAGUUUGUUGGGAACAUGUUUGUGGAAGCCCGCUUCUUCAUUAGGAUGUCAUCGUCAGCUUCUUCAUGGACUUCGGCGAACAACCCAAUGUGCACCUGUGGGAAGCCCGCAAAACUUAGAACAUCGAAUACGCUAAGAAAUCCAGGCCGAUCAUUUUUUGGGUGUCCAAAUUACAAUACAGAGGGAUUACCACACUGCAACUAUUUCAAAUGGGCAAAUCGCAGUGAAGAAAAAGAAAAAGAUCUUAUGAAGAUAGAACUUGAGUUGUUAAGGAAUGAGGAAGAGCUUCGAAGAAGAGAUGAAGAGAUUGUGAAGUAUAAGUUGGGAAUCCACAACAGACCAACUUGA